AUGCCUUUGCGAUACACACCGAAGUUGACAUUGCAUCAUCAACACGUUGAUGCUAUCACUGCGGUAGUCUUCAGUGCUGAUGGUCAAUUCCUUGCCAGCGGCGGACAAGACGGCGCAAUGGUCAUUUGGUCUACAACUUCCGGUCAAGCAAUAUAUCAUAUAACUGUCAAAUCUGGAAUUCUGUGUUUGCUGUGGCCGAAAUGUUCCAACUCCAUUAUUGCGGGAACGUCGGAUGGCACCCUAGCAAUGUUCACAAUAACCGAUAACAUGAUCACAGCUUCUGGUUUUGUCGCGCAUACAGGGCCUAUCGACGCGCUAUCAACGACUUGCAAUAUGGCAGUCAGAGCUCGAUCUGCCUCUCUCGAAGGCUUCCAUAGUGACCCUGAUCAGAAAUCUGCCACUCCUGCGAAUGAUUCAUGCAACAAGCAUCUGCUGGCAUCUGCAUCAGGUAUCAAUGUGAACAUCUGGCGUUGGGACCAAGAAACAAAAUUUUGGUGCAAAUACUGUGGUCUUGAACAGCCUCAACAUGAUCCAUUCAGUGAUGGACAGCCUGCUGAAGCAACAGGUGUUCAAUGGCUCUCACCUCCAGAUGAUAAUCAACUUGUAGUGUCAUACUUGCAACAUGGCAUCCUAUGCUGGAAAGUAGGUGAACAUGAAGAUGACAUUCAUGUCAACUGGUCGAUUCACAUGCCUUUCUCGUCAUACAGUGGAUGUAUUGCAAUAUCACCAGACAAUAAUCGUUUGGCUGUUUGCAAUAUUCAGACAGGAUUUGAUGUCUAUGAGAUUCCCUCUGGACUGCAUCAGUUACACAUAGACAGAUCUCAUGACAAGCCAGACAGAAUACUUCCAAUUGUCUUUCAUCAUGGUAAUUUGAUAUUAACUGGUGGAAUGAAUGGACGGUUGCGUUUGUACAACUCUGCAGAAGGCAGAUGUCUACAGAAAUUAAGACUCAAAACAAAGGCCCCAAUACAAGCCAUCUCAGCAUUCUACUUCACAGAUAAUGACACAUAUCUAAUUGCAGCAGGAACAUGUGUUGAAGAUUCUCCUAAUUUUAUUCAGAUAUGGGAUACAGUGAUGGUUGACUCAGACUGA